UAAAAAAAAAAAAAGCCUCCCUUGCUCAUUCUCUCUCCUCUCCGCGCACUCUCCCUCUGUUGUUGUGUUUUUGAAGCGAAGAUUAAAAGGCGUUGAGAGAGAUCGUUAAGGUUGGGGGUGAUUAGAUUCGUGGAUUGUGUGAGUGAAAAAUGUCGGAGGAAGAGAAAUUGUUGAAGGAGGCGAAGAAAUUGCCGUGGGAGGAUCGGCUGUUCCACAAGAACUGGAAGGUGCGGAACGAGGCCAACAUCGAUUUGGCAGCACUCUGCGACUCCAUUUCCGAUCCCAAGGAUCCUCGCAUCCGUGAAUUUGGUCAUUUUUUUAAGAAAACUGUGGCGGACUCUAAUGCCCCGGUGCAGGAGAAGGCGCUUGAUGCAUUAAUUGCUUACUUGCGAGCAGCUGAUGCCGAUGCCGGAAGGUACGCUAAGGAAGUCUGUGACGCCAUUGUCGCAAAGUGUUUGACUGGGAGGCCAAAGACAGUGGAGAAAGCUCAGGCAUCUUUUAUGCUCUGGGUAGAAUUGGAAGCAGUGGAUGCUUUUCUGGAUGCUAUGGAGAAGGCAAUUAAGAAUAAAGUUGCUAAAGCUGUAGUACCUGCAAUAGAUGUCAUGUUUCAGGCAUUAAGUGAAUUUGGAGCAAAAAUUGUGCCCCCUAAAAGGAUUCUGAAGAUACUUCCUGAACUCUUUGACCAUCAAGAUCAAAAUGUCCGGGCAUCUUCUAAAGGAUUGACUCUUGAGCUUUGUCGUUGGAUUGGUAAAGAUCCUGUAAAGUCAAUUUUGUUUGAGAAAAUGAGAGAUACAAUGAAAAAAGAGCUGGAAGCUGAGCUUGCAAAUGUUACUGGAACAGCUAAGCCAACACGCAAAAUAAGAUCUGAGCAAGAUAAGGAACCUGAACCAGAAGCAGUUUCUGAGGUGGUGGGCCCUGGCCCUUCUGAAGAAUCUGGAGCUGAUGCUCCCCGAGAAAUUGAUGAAUAUGAGCUUGUUGAUCCUGUUGAUAUAUUGACUCCUUUGGAGAAGUCUGGAUUUUGGGACGGAGUGAAAGCUACCAAAUGGUCUGAAAGGAAGGAGGCAGUUGGUGAACUGACCAAGCUUGCGUCAACUAAAAGAAUAUCUCCUGGUGAUUUUUCUGAAGUUUGUCGGACCUUGAAGAAGCUAAUUACAGAUGUGAAUAUUGCAGUUGCUGUUGAAGCAGUCCAUGCUAUAGGCAAUCUUGCUCGGGGAUUAAGGACCCACUUUUCUGCAAGUUCUCGUUUUGUAUUGCCUGUUCUACUUGAAAAAUUGAAGGAGAAAAAACCUACCAUGACCGAGGCAUUAACGCAGACCCUGCAAGCAAUGCACAAAGCUGGUUGCAUAAGCCUUGUGGAUAUUGUUGAAGAUGUCAAGUCAGCCUCAAAAAACAAAGUUCCUCUUGUGCGAUCUUUAACCUUGACCUGGCUGACAUUUUGUAUUGAAACAAGUAACAAGGGUGUUGUCCUGAAGGUGCACAAGGAUUAUGUCCCUAUCUGUAUGGAGGGCCUAAAUGAUGGAACUCCAGAAGUGAGGGAUGCUGCCUUUUCAGCAUUGGCAGCAAUAGCUAAGUCAGUUGGCAUGAGACCUCUGGAGAGGUCGAUUGAGAAACUUGACGAUGUCAGAAGAAAGAAGCUUUCUGAAAUGAUUGCAGGUUCCGAAGUUGCUCCACCUAGUGGUCCCACAACAGCUUCUGUGCAAAAUGUCCGUGGGAGUGUGUUUUCUUUAGAGAACUCAGAAAGUACUUUUGUUAGAAAGUCAGCAGCAAGCAUGCUUAGUGGAAAGAGGCCUGCUCAGGCAGCACCUGUCCCCAAGAAGGGUGGCCCUGUGAAGUCUGGGACUAAUAAGGUUGUAGAUGGAGGUGCACAGGUUAAGCCCUCAAAAUCAAUUGAAAUCCCUGAAGACGUUGAGCCAACUGAGAUGAGCCUUGAAGAAAUUGAGAGCCGAAUAGGUCCUUUGAUACAGCCAGAUACCAUUACUCUUUUAAAAAGUACUGUUUGGAAAGAACGUUUGGAAGGCAUUUCUUCAUUGAAAGAGCAAGUAGAAGGCUUACAGGUCCUUGACCCGUCAGUGGAAAUUUUGAUUCGUUUACUUUGCUGUUUGCCUGGAUGGGGCGAGAAAAAUGUUCAGGUUCAGCAGCAGGUUAUUGAAGUGAUCACAUGUAUAGCAUCGAAAGCAACUAAGUUUCCGAAGAAGUGUGUAGUACUUUGCCUUUUGGGACUUAAUGAACGAGUAGCAGAUAUUAAGACACGUGCACAAGCUACAAAGUGCCUUACUACUUUCUCUGAAGCAGUUGGUCCAGGAUUUAUUUUUGAAAGACUCUACAAGAUUAUGAAGGAGCACAAGAACCCUAGGGUUCUUAGUGAGGGGAUUUUGUGGAUGGUUUCUGCUGUUGAUGAUUUUGGAGUAUCGCAUCUGAAGCUUAAGGAUUUAAUUGAUUUUCUUAAAGAAAUAGGGCUGCAGUCAAGUGCGGCUGCUACUAGAAAUGCUUCAAUUAAGCUUUUAGGUGUUCUGCAUAGAUUUGUUGGUCCAGACAUUAAAGGGUUUCUUGCUGAUGUUAAGCCUGCUCUGCUUAGUACCUUAGAUGCUGAGUAUGAGAAGAACCCAUUUGAGGGAGCAUCUGCUCCUCCCAAGAGAUCUGUAAGGGCAUCAGAGUCAACUUCAUCUGUGGUGGCUGGUGGGCUUGAUGGCCUGCCUCGUGAAGAUAUCAGUGGAAAGAUCACUCCCACUCUUCUAAAGAGCUUGGAAAGUCCUGAUUGGAAGGUUCGAAUGGAGUCUGUUGAAGCUGUAAACAAGAUAUUGGAAGAGGCUAAUAAGCGCAUUCAAGCAACUGGAACUGUGGAGUUAUUUGGGGCUCUGAGAGGACGGCUCUAUGAUAGCAACAAAAACAUUGUCAUGGCAACCUUGACUACAAUUGGCAAUGUUGCAUCUGCAAUGGGACAAGCUGUAGAGAAGUCAAGCAAGGGUAUUCUGUCAGAUGUUUUGAAAUGUCUUGGUGACAACAAGAAGCACAUGAGGGAAUGUACUUUGAAUACUCUAGACUCUUGGCUAGCGGCUGCUCAUCUUGAUAAAAUGGUUCCUUACAUUACAACUGCUUUGACGGACUCUAAACUUGGUGCGGAAGGGCGUAAAGAUCUUUUUGAUUGGUUAUCAAGGCAACUUGCUGGAUUAAGUAGUUUUUCUGAAGCUGCACAGCUUCUUAAGCCAGCUUCAUCUGCAAUGACAGAUAAAUCAUCUGAUGUUCGCAAGGCAGCAGAGAAUUGCAUCAAUGAGAUAUUAAAAGUUAGUGGAAAUGAAAUGAUUGAAAAGGUUGCAAAAGAAAUUCAUGGACCAGCUCUAAAUAUAGUUCUUGAGAAGCUAAGGCCAUAUGGGUCUUUUCAAGAAUCAUUUGAGUCUGUUAGAGCAGUUUCAGGAGGAGCGAGCUCAAAAAGUGUCUCAAAGGGUGGGAGAUCUGCUGCCAAUGGUGUUUCAAAACAGGGAAAUAGAGCUGUAUCUUCGAGGGCCAUGUUGACAAAGGGCACUAGGUUGGAAACAAUUUCUGUUCAAGAUAUAGCUGUUCAGUCACAAGCUUUAUUAAAUGUUAAGGAUUCAAAUAAGAGUGAAAGAGAAAGAGUGGUAGUUCGAAGGUUUAAGUUUGAGGAGCCACGAAUAGAGCAGAUUCAGGAGCUUGAGAGUGAUAUGAUGAAGUACUUUAGAGAGGAUUUACAUAGGAGGCUCUUAAGUGCAGAUUUCAAGAAGCAAGUUGAGGGUCUUGAAAUGCUACAAAAGGCACUUCCAUCCAUUGCUAAGGAAGUCAUAGAAGUUUUGGAUAUACUUCUUAGGUGGUUUGUAUUGCAGUUUUGCAAAUCAAAUACAACAUGUCUGUUAAAGGUGCUAGACUUCCUUCCUGAGCUGCUUGACACCUUGAAGGAUGAGGGAUACUCCUUUACUGAGUCUGAAGUUGCAGUGUUUCUUCCAUGUCUUGUAGAGAAGUUGGGACACAACAUUGAAAAAGUGCGAGAAAAAAUGCGGGAGCUUACGAAACAGAUUAUUUCCCAUUAUUCUGCUUCUAAAUGCUUCCCAUACAUAUUGGAGGGCCUGCGCUCUAAGAACACCCGAACACGGAUAGAAUGUGCUGAUCUUGUUGGUUUUAUCAUUGAUAAUCAUGGUGCUGAGAUUACUGGACAGUUAAAAUCAUUGCAAAUUGUUGCAAGUUUGACAGCUGAGCGAGAUGGUGAAACUAGAAAAGCUGCAUUGAAUACACUAGCUACUGGUUACAAGAUUCUUGGUGAGGACAUAUGGAAAUAUGUUGGGAAGCUAACAGAUGCUCAAAAAAGCAUGUUAGACGAUAGAUUCAAGUGGAAGAUCCGGGAUAUGGAAAAAAAGAAGGAAGGAAAGCCAGGUGAAGCAAGAGCAAUUUUAAGGCGAUCUGUCAGAGAAAAUGGGUCUGAUAUUGCUGAGCAAAGUGGCGAAAUUUCUAGAUCUGUUUCGGGCCCAAUAUUGAGGAAAAAUUAUGGUCAUUCUGAUAUCCACAUGGACAGACAGUCAAUGGCCCAUCCUUUCACUGUUGCUAGUGGCCCUACAGAUUGGAAUGAAGCACUGGAUAUUAUUUCUUUUGGUUCUCCUGAGCAGUCUGUUGAAGGAAUGAAAGUUGUUUGUCAUGAGUUGAAUCAGGCCACUAGUGAUCCAGAAGGUAAUGUCAUGGAUCAACUAGUGAAGGAUGCUGAUAAACUCGUUUCAUGCCUGGCAAACAAGGUUGCAAGAACCUUUGACUUCAGUUUGACUGGGGCUUCAUCGCGAUCUUGCAAAUAUGUACUCAACACUCUCAUGCAGACAUUUCAAAAUAAAAGACUGGCAUAUGCUGUAAAGGAGAAUACUCUUGAUAGUCUCAUUACCGAGCUUCUUCUUUGGCUUUUGGAUGAAAGGGUUCCUCAUAUGGAUGAUGGAAGCCAGUUGUUGAAGGCACUGAAUGUGUUGAUGCUUAAGAUUCUGGAUAAUGCAGAUAGAACUUCAUCCUUUGUAGUGCUUAUCAAUCUCUUACGUCCGUUAGAUCCUUCAAGGUGGCCUUCACCUGCAUCAGUUGAGUCAUUUGCCACGAGAAACCAGAAGUUCUCUGAUCUGGUUGUGAAAUGCCUCAUCAAGCUUACCAAGGUUCUCCAAAGCACUAUCUAUGAUGUUGACCUUGAUCGCAUACUUCAAAGCAUUCAUUUAUACCUGCAAGAUUUGGGGAUGGAGGAAAUUAGGAGAAGAGCUGGUGCAGAUGACAAACCACUGCGAAUGGUCAAAACUGUUCUGCAUGAGCUUGUCAAGCUUCGUGGAGCAGCAAUAAAGGGUCAUCUAUCAAUGGUUCCCAUUGAUAUGAAACCUCAACCCAUAAUCCUUGCCUACAUUGAUCUAAAUCUUGAGACUCUGGCUGCUGCAAGAAUGUUAACUGCAACUGGACCUGGAGGGCAAACCCAUUGGGGUGAUUCAGCGGCAAAUAAUUCGGCACCUGGCACACAUUCAGCUGAUGCCCAGUUGAAGCAAGAGCUGGCUGCAAUAUUUAAGAAGAUUGGAGACAAGCAAACGUGUUCAAUUGGUCUAUAUGAACUAUAUCGCAUUACUCAAUUGUACCCACAGGUUGAUAUAUUUGCUCAGCUUCAAAAUGCGAGUGAGGCAUUCCGUACUUACAUCCGAGAUGGUCUAGCUCAGAUGGAAAAGAAUGCUGCAGCUGGAAGAACUCCUUCAAGUUUACCAAUGCCUACUCCUCCACCAGCUUCCUUAAAUGCUUCCUCCCCUGAUUUUACAUCACUCUCCCCUGUAAAUGCAAAUCCAUUAAAUGAUGCUAAAUUAAAUGUAAAACCUGAACCAACAUGUUUUAAUUUGCCGCCAUCAUCAUAUAAUGAAGAGAAUAGAGCUGUUACUUCUAGAGCAUUAAAUGCUGACUAUACAUCAAAUGAAAGAUUUAUGUCUGGAGUAACUAGUGGAACAUUGGAUGCAAUCAGAGAGAGGAUGAAGAACAUGCAAUUAGCAGCAGCGGCUGGUAAUACUGAUUCUGCUCCUAGGCCAUUAACAAAUGUUAAUGACAAUUUGAACCAUGGACCUGUUCCUGUUCCUGUUCAGACAUCUGAAAGAGUUUCUAACGAGAAUGCUUUGCAAGGAGUCCUUCCUAUGGAUGAGAAAGCAUUGUCAGGCCUUCAAGCUCGGAUGGAGAGACUCAAAAGUGGAUCCAUCGAUCCUCUGUGAGCUUGGCUAUCAAGAAGCUGAUACAAAUAUUCACAAAAAUAUCAUUGCUGGGAUUUGGAGAGGUUCUUCUGGUUGACUUCCAAUAUUGGUGGCGUAGAUGACUAUAAUAAAAUCAACAGAGAUAAUUCUUGGAUUCAAAUUGUGGCUUCUUUGACAUUGCAGAGCAUGAGGAUAUUUGCUGUUGUGAAGUCUCAUUUCACCACGAGAUUCUACUUCUACCAUAGGGCAUUUGUAUUUUGUAUAUUGUAGGGCAGAGCUGUAUCCUUGUACAAGAAAAUGUGUAGAUGCGUUAAUUUAAUGCAAGCACACAUUUAUUGUUUUUCGAGCUUUGCUUGGCUGUGUAUUGAGCCAUUUUGGCAUAGAAAUUUUGACUCAGGAUUGGUUGCAAUCGUACAAAUUACCAUUGGGUAGUUUUUAAUUGCCCCAAAAAAAAAAUCCUACUGAACUUCUCGUUUUUA